AUGUCUGGCCCUUUGACCUUUGUUGAUAUGCAGGCCAUCAGACUCGCUUUUACAGGUGAGAGGAUCUUUAAGGUGUUCCUGGUGCUGUCCACGCAGUCCCUCUUCAUUUACAUUAAUACUGUGAUGCUGUUUACGCUGCGCACCAAGGCCAUCUUCCGUGAGACACCACGCUACAUCCUCUUUACCCACAUGCUCCUGAAUGACACCAUUCACCUGGUGAUCGCCCUGUUGCUCUACAUGCUCAAUAUCUUUUACCUUGUGGUGGUGCGUGCUGCUUGCGCCUUCAUCGUGCUUCUGUCUACAUCAACAUUUGUGAAUGCGCCACUCAACCUGGCUGUCAUGUCCCUGGAGAGGUACACGGCCAUCUGCUUCCCUUUGCGGCACAGCGAGUUGGCUACGCCGGCGCGAGUGAAUGUGGCUGUGGCUCUGGUGUGGGUUUUGGGCAUCAGUGAUGUGCUAACUGAUGUGUGUGCUCUCUUCCUCCUCGCAGAGCCAUCCUUCUACUUGUCUCCUACAGUGUGUACCAUUGCACAACUCAUGGUGGCACCCUGGCAGCAGGGCAGGAGUGUGACAUUCAAAGUUCUGCUCUUCAUCACAGUGGCCAUUGUGUUACUCUACACGUAUGUGGCCAUCCUGUGGCAGGCGCGUGCCGCCUCCUCUGACUCCUCUUCUGCCCGCAAGGCCUCGCGCACUGUGGUACUGCACGCGUUGCAGCUCGGCCUCUCACUCAUGUCAUUUCUCUAUGAGUAUAUAGAGUACCUGCUGGGAAGCCUGCCACUCCCUGUAUACACACAGAUGCGCUUCCUCAUCUUCUUCAUAGUGCUGGUCCUUCCACGCUGCCUCAGCUCACUCAUCUAUGGCCUCAGGGACGAGACCUUCAGGCCACUGUUCAAGCAGAACUUCCUGUACUGUGGUACAAACAAAGUUGUGCCUUUAGAGGCUUUUACAAAACACUAAUGAUGAGACAAUGACAAUGUGAUCAAUGUUUCUGUUAUCUAUAUGUGAAUAAAUGUGUACAUGUGUUUCUGUAGAUACAUACACAAAGGAUGUGGCAUAAGUCUCAAAAAGCUAUUUGUAUGUCGUUUAUCAGGAUCACAAGUGUUAUGGGUUGUUUGUGAUCCUGAUAAAGAUUCUAAUAUUUUAUCUAACAUCAGAAUGAAUGAUUUAUCUGAUGUAAGGAAAAAGAUUUUCUCUGUGUACUAAUAAAAUAAGAGCUUCAUCCAACAUGAAAUUUGUUGAAGCUGUAGCUGAAAAGGUUGAAAUUAUUGCUAGUAACACCAACAUUUUGACACUCCCUUGUCUACCUCUUCAUGGUCACACUGCUUCAUUGCUCCAUAAUGUCACUGAGGUUUUGUUUUGGCCUUCAGAAAUAAAUACAGACAUUACGAGUGAUGUGAAUGUGAUCCACACACAUGCACGUUUGCAUACAUGCAGUAGGUGAACAGAGAUUAAGAGAGUAAAAAAAGAAGAAGAAGAGAUUAAAGAAUAGAAGGAAUACAUGCACUUAUAAUACGCCAUACUUUCUUAGCCAGCAUUGUAAAUGUGAAAAGUAAUGUUGUGAAUGCAGUCUUACACAAAGUUAUUUUAAGUUAGAGACUGGUUUCUUGGCUCUGGCAGCCCACCUAACAGAUCAGUUUUUUUUAUUUGAGUAAACUGAAUGUAUGAAAAGUGAAUGAGAUAUACAGUCCUUACCCUAAAUGAUUUUUGUGCUUUGGCAGUGGUAUGAAUUUGAUUGGCUAAUAAAUAUAGUAAAUAAAUAAACUUGUACUAACUAAAUAAAUGUAGUUAAUACAUAAGUUUGAACACUAGAAAAAUAUGAUAGAUUGAAGUGGAAUCUGGGUAAAAGAAAACAUACAAUCACGGGAAAAAGAAAGUACACCCUCCUUCAGUUCCAUGUGUUUAUUAUCAGGGCCUAAGUAACAAUUGUGUGGUCCUCACCAACUUCUAUAAACAAACAAAUAACAUCAGAUGACAACAAAAAUACACAAUGGAUUUCAAUCCUGUCAAGCAUGGUGGUGCAGGGGUGAUGAGCUUGCUUUGCAGCCACAGGACCUGUAAAACCUGCAAUCAUUGAGACAGUGAUGAGCUCCAGCAGGACAAUGAUCCCAAGCAAACCAGCAAAUCAACA